AGUAUAGCACCCACCCGUACCUAUUGGACAGGCAACGUCCUCAUCUUCAUCUCCCAGGUUUUCCCCUCCAAUCACCCCCAGGUCUUCCUCUCGCGAGUUGCGGUCUCGCGCCCCCCUCCGCCGACCGCCGCCUCCUCACAACCGCGGAAGCUGCUUCCCUCUCCAUUGGACGCGGCCAGCUUCCAUCUCUCGGUCACCUCCCUCUACAUCCCACGGCCGCUACCACCUUCCCUCUACCUCACACGGCCGCCGGCCUCUCCAAGGUCUGCACACGCAGGAAAAACCUUGCCACGAGUCGCCGACACUCCAUCCCGGAAGAGCUAACGAGGUGACUCCCCACCGCGCCCAUGGGUGACAGCCAGUACUCCUUCUCCCUCACCACCUUCAGUCCGUCGGGGAAGCUCGUGCAGAUUGAGCACGCGCUCACGGCUGUCGGAUCCGGGCAGACCUCGCUCGGGAUCAAAGCUGCCAAUGGUGUAGUCAUUGCCACUGAGAAGAAGCUGCCUUCUAUUUUAGUGGAUGAAACAUCUGUGCAAAAGAUUCAGGCACUAACACCUAAUAUUGGAGUUGUCUAUAGUGGGAUGGGUCCAGAUUUCCGUGUUCUGGUGAGGAAAAGUCGAAAGCAGGCACAACAAUAUUAUCGGUUGUACAAGGAACAUAUACCUGUAACACAGCUUGUACGAGAGACUGCUGCUGUCAUGCAGGAGUUCACACAGUCAGGUGGUGUGAGACCAUUUGGAGUAUCACUGUUGAUUGCUGGGUAUGAUGACAAUGGCCCGCAGUUGUAUCAGGUUGAUCCCUCAGGAUCAUACUUCUCCUGGAAGGCAUCAGCCAUGGGAAAAAAUGUGUCCAAUGCAAAGACGUUUCUUGAAAAGAGAUACACAGAAGAUAUGGAGCUUGAUGAUGCCAUCCACACUGCAAUUUUGACUUUGAAAGAAGGAUAUGAGGGGCAAAUUUCCUCCAACAACAUUGAAAUCGGAAUUAUUCGAGCUGAUCGUGAGUUCAAAGUUUUAAGCCCAGCAGAGAUCAAGGAUUUCUUGGAAGAGGUGGAGUAAGCUGUCUGUUGAUGAUACUAGUUCAGACAACAAUAGCAGCGUCACUUAUGAGCAGCCAGCCUGAAGAUUGUCUUGGUUUUAUUACUCUGUAAACUGAUUUGCUCCAGCGCCAUGUGGUGGUUACAUUUGAACCCUCCUCAACGCAUACUGUAGACAAUGAGAUAACGUAGGAUGAAUGCUGUAUUUGACAUACUUUGCAGCUUGUUUAUGUGAUGCACGUUCUUGCGGACAGUAUCGAUACCCAGUGUUUAUUGUCGUCU